CGUGAGCACAGCCGUAACACAAACAGUCUAAACAAACAUCAACUACCUUGAUCUGAAAAUAAGUUGUUACACUUUAACCGGAGAGUGACAGUCUAGAGAAACAGCUGCCGCUUUCACACGAGGUACGAAGGAAGCGUGAAUUGAUUUUCGUCCAGAUUUUUCCUGAGCUUAGGAAACAUCGAAAUAACUGUAAAACGGACCAAAUUCGAUAUUUCAAAGAAAAGCUAAAAGAAGGAAAGGAAAAAAAUAGUGAUGAGUGCAACCACAGGCCCUGACAGCGAGACACCCGUCAGUAGUUCCCAGCCACCGCAAAUGCAACAUCCCCUCUUUAUCCGUGCGGCCGAGCGCUACCCAAGAACGCCCAAAUGUGCACGGUGCCGGAAUCACGGCGUCGUCUCGGCGCUGAAGGGACACAAACGCUACUGCCGCUGGAGGGACUGCGUCUGUGCCAAGUGCACCCUGAUCGCGGAGCGUCAACGCGUGAUGGCGGCCCAGGUUGCGCUUCGCCGUCAACAGGCGCAAGAAGAGAACGAAGCCAGAGAGUUAGGGUUGCUGUACGGCCCUGGGGGUCUUCUCAGCAUGAACCCAGAGAACUUCACCCCCGAUAUUAGCCGGCAAUACUCCGAGCUGAACUCGUACGCUGGAAAGAUCCACAGUAGGGACAGCGACUCUGGAAGUCCAGAUUUAAAGAGGAGAAAAUCUGAUGCAGACAACAUGAGCGACCGAUCAGGCUCCCCGGACAUCACAACUCCUGGCUCCCCGGAAAAAGCCGGCACCCAACUGCCGGAGACAGACGACCGUCGCGAAUCACCAAAACCGGAACGCAAAACCCCGAAAAAGCCAACUAGUGAAGGUGCCAUUUCUGGCAGAGCGUCUCCCAUCGGCCGCCAACAAGGAAAGAAACCGCCAAUAGAAGUCUUAAGUCGGAUCUUCCCUCACAUGAAACGGAGUGUCCUUCAGCUUAUUCUACAGGGUUGUGACAGUGACGUUAGUCAGGCCAUAGAACAGGUCCUGAAUAACCACAGCGAACACACCGCUUCCGCCGCGGAUUUAUCCUUGCCUGGAACCAACAGUGCCCUCUACCGGCCCUAUCUCCCCUCGACGCCAGUCGUGACAGCAGCCACCGCCUUCAAGUCAGCGUUUUCCCCAAUAAGCAGCCUGGCCUCCGCUCAAGCUUUCAGUUCGGCCAUGAGGUACGCCUAUCCCCCGCAUAAUGCCCGAGGACUGCUAGCUAUGCCCUACCCUCCUCAGUUUCUGCCCAACUUCGCAGGGUACAACUACAGCGCUUUCGCCACUGCGGCCGGGAAAUCUGCCCUCGGUUUUCCGGGCAUGGUGACGCCUUCGGCGAUGACAGACAAACCCGUCGAUGUUUGACUUGAGAACUUUACCAAUAAAAGUUGAUAGACAAUCUACAAACUAUAUCGAAACGAAUGAAAGUGACAAAUGGUGCUUAUAUCUCUACCAAGGUUGAGAAACUUUGGCCCAAUCAAACCGUUGUGAUGAACAUAUAUUAUGUAAUAACCCCAUGUAUAUAAUGUAACGUAUUUGACGCUAUGACGGACGUAGGUACACCCUAUGCGGGGAAUGUAUGUACAUACGCGAUAAUAGAACUGACAAAUUGUAAAAAGAAAAUUGAUAUAUUGAUAUUGACUGAUGUAGUUAAUCUCUAGAAAACAUUUCGGUUGUUGCUAUACAAAAUAAACAUUUUAAUGUUUUAACAGCGGGAUAGGGUCCCUAAUCCCGGCUCGAAUAUAUCGGAAAAUGUAAAUUGUGCUCUACUAACAAAUACUUAGGUCAUUUUUGUAUAUAUUGAUACUAAGCGGUAUAUGUUUUGUCAGCGAAUUGGGAAUGGGUUGUUACGAGGCCCGUAUCCUGCCGCUUUUGCUAUUGACUGUUCGCCAAAUGAACAUUAGUUUCGAUAAAAUCUUUUAAAAAUCACCACUAUAGGCGCUUGAUGUCCAUAGAUCACCCCAGCAGACAUCGCUUUCCCAUCGAUUAAUACUUGUGCACAUUUGUAUUAUUAAUCAGAGCAGUGUUUUUAUUAAUGUCUAAAGUUCUUGGAUCGAAUUUCCCAACGACGUUUGACUUGAGUGCAAUGAAUUAAUCUCUCACAACCUCUCACACACGUAUUAUCACGCGUAUCAUCUUGUCAACAAUUGUUACCAAGAGUUUGCGGUUAUAAUUGAUGUAUUAUUUGUCCAUUUGGAUUGGAAAGCGUCCUACAAUCUGUUAUUAAUCUGCUUGUAUUUAUUAUAAUAAAAUAUAUUGAUAU